GUUCGCUCCCCUCGUAUUUAUUUAUAUAUUUUCAUUUCUUAUGAGCGUAUCACCUCACCAAAACCCUAGCUCACUUCAUUGUCCGCCACUGAUUACAACCAGAAUUGAAUAGGUUUUUGAUAAGCUGCCAAAACGAUGUCGGACGACGAGAGGGAGGAGAAGGAGCUGGAUCUUUCCUCAUCUGAGGUUGUUACCAAAUACAAGAGCGCUGCUGAGAUCGUUAACAAGGCGUUGCAAUUAGUUGUAAAAGAAUGCAAGCCGAAAGCUAGGAUUGUUGAUAUUUGUGAAAAGGGUGAUGCAUUUAUCAGAGAACAAACAGGCUACAUGUACAAGAAUGCUAAGAAGAAGAUUGAGAGGGGUGUUGCUUUCCCUACUUGCCUCUCAGUGAACAACACUGUCUGUCAUUUCUCUCCACUUGCUAGUGACACCUCGGAGUUGGAAGAAGGAGAUAUGGUGAAGAUUGAUAUGGGUUGCCACAUUGAUGGGUUUAUAGCUGUAGUUGCACACACUCAUAUUGUUAAGGAUGGGCCAGUCACUGGCAGGCAUGCCGAUGUUAUUGCUGCUGCAAAUACUGCUGCCGAAGUUGCCUUGAGACUGGUCAGGCCAGGAAAGAAGAAUAAAGAUGUAACUGAUGCAAUUCAGAAGGUAGCUGCAGCUUAUGACUGCAAAAUUGUUGAAGGUGUUCUUAGUCAUCAAUUGAAGCAGUUUGUGAUAGAUGGAAACAAAGUUGUAUUAAGUGUCUCCAAUUCAGAUACAAGAGUUGAUGAUGCAGAAUUCGAGGAAAAUGAAGUUUAUGCUGUCGAUAUAGUUGCAAGCACUGGUGAAGGCAAGCCGAAGCUGCUGGAUGAGAAACAGACAACUAUUUAUAAGAGAGCUGUUGACAAGAAUUAUCAUUUAAAGAUGAAGACCUCUAGAUUUAUUUUCAGUGAGAUAAAUCAGAAAUUUCCCAUCCUUCCAUUCACUGCUCGGGCUCUGGAAGAGAAAAGAGCUCGACUAGGUUUAGUUGAAUGUGUGAAUCAUGAUCUCUUGCAGCCAUAUCCGGUUCUUCAUGAGAAGCCUGGUGAUAACGUUGCUCAUAUCAAGUUCACCGUGUUGCUAAUGCCUAAUGGAUCAGAUCGGAUAACAUCCCAUCCUCUGCAGGAGCUGCAACCAACCAAGACGAUAGAUGAUCCUGAAAUCAAGGCAUGGCUAGCUUUGGGUACAAAGACGAAGAAAAAAGGUGGAGGGAAGAAAAAGAAAGGUAAGAAAGGCGAUAAAGCCGAUGAAUCGACUGAGGCAGAAGCUGGAGCUGAGCCUAUGGAUGCAACAAAUGGAGGAUCACGAUGUCAAGAAUCGUAGUAAUGUUCUGUUCUCUCCCUCUGUUUUCAAUUUUGGUACAAUGUUCAUUUGUAUGAUGUGGUUGGUUAUCGAGUUAAAACUUACCAUAAUAUAAUUAUGGCACAAUUAUCCCAGCGGGGUUCUCACGAG